CUCUAGCAGGCACCCGUAGAAUGGACCAAGCGUCGCCCUAGCAACGGACACGGCUCAGCGUCGCGUAGCAACCUCUAUCACUUCUGAUUUAGAUUCAUUAUUAUCCGCAGGGCUGUUGUUAAUUACUCAUAUUAAUUUAUUAAUCGAUGGCUGCAAACAACCCGUCCGCGUUUCUCCUCAACGUGAACGGACAAAUCGAGGGAGCGAACUUUCCAGACUUUGACGACCUUUACUGUAAAUACUGUUUUGUCUACGGUAACGACUGGGCUCCGGCUACGGGUUUGGAAGAAGGAAUCACUCAAAUAACCCGAAAAAAUAUCCAGUUUUCACACAAGUUAAUCUGGAACUUCCCACUGGAAAUAACAUUUAAAAGCACAAAUCCUGCUGGGUGGCCUCAGCUCGUGGUGAGUGUUUACGGCCCAGAUGUGUUUGGAAAUGAUGUGGUGAGAGGCUACGGAGCGACACACAUCCCCAUCACAGCCGGACAACAUUCAAAAUCCAUCCCCAUGUUUGUCCCUGAGCCGUCGUGGAGACUCCAGAAGUUCACUGGCUGGUUGUUGGGACGUCGGCCCGAGUACACGGACCCCAAAGUCGUGGCCCAGGGUGAAGGCAGAGAAGUGACGAGGGUUCGCUCCCAAGGCUUCGUCAGCGUCUCCUUUAACAUCGUGACUAAAGACAUGAAGAAGAUGGGCUACGACGCCGGCGCACCAACAUCUGGACACGUACAGACCGUCACAUCUGGCUGGUCGACAGAGGAGCAGACGUGAAACACUGUUUCUAGUUUAGUCUAUAUUUUGUAUCGUUUUUUUUACCGUUUUAAAUAAAUAAAAGUGAAGUACAUGUCUUUUGGUUCAAAGAACACCAGGACACGUGGGUGACAGCUGAAGUGAUAACACGUUUUAUUUUGAACCGAUGCAGCUACACUCGUCCUCGUCCCGCUGCUCUUUUUGUUUAGAUGCCGUUAAAAUACAACAAUGACUUUUUCCUACAAAAAAAACCCAGUACACAGAAUAAUAAGGUAUACAGAAGAACAGUAUGUUACAAUAGUACAAAUGAUAAAUUAUAUUAUACAGUUAUAAUGCCAACGGGUUGAGCACGUAUCCGAUAAAAAAGCAGCCUGCUCCCAGUA